UUUUGCACGCCCAUUGUGCAUUUGGAGCUGAAGAUUUACACUUUACGACAUUCCAAGAGUUUUUCUUUGUUUUUUUUUUGUUGUUGUUUUUUUGUUGUUUUAGAGAUUUUAAAAUGUGUGACAUCUUUAAGAAAAUUCUGAUAGAGAGUGUACAUUUUAUUUUUAACUACUGGAGACUAACUGCUACGAGUGCUACAAGUUUGUGUUCUCGAAAUAAAUGCAAUAAAUGUUUUUCCCGCUUUCCGUCAUUUUUGACCCUCUUGAACUACCGUACUUCACUCUUCGUGACAUCAGCAUGCUGUUGUUUGAGUUAGCUUCAAGCUGACAGUCCUAAACCUGCAACAAGUAGAUUCUCAUUGAUAGGCUGGAGUCCUGAACCCGGAAGAGAUCCAAGGAUAAGUUUUAGUUAUUUUUAAGGGAUCCAUCUGAGUGCAGAUCUCUUAUCAUUGCUCCAGUGAAAUCAUUCCGAAAGGAAAACUGCAAACMUCUCCUCAGAAGGGCAACAUGCUGAUAAUCUGAAGAAAAAGCAACUGGAGAAUCAAAUGUGAUCUCGUUGACUUCUUUUCUCUGCCCAAAACCAGUUGGCACCUAAUCCCUAUAAUGAAUCACACAGAACUGGAAAAUCAAGCGACAGGACUGAGGGCUGUCUUUGACAUUUUGGAAAAGGCACCUUCAGAGCGAUUACUCAGCCUCACAAUCCAGUUGGGUGAGUCUCCUGAAGAAACGAUCAUACGCGCUUUGUGUCUGAUCAUCCUCCAGAGAGAAGCCCAGGCCCUGAGGAAGCUCCAGAUGCUAGAGGACAACCCCCUCGCUAACCAUCUGGCUGAAAAGUGGCACUCAGGCGGAGGUAAAUUAGACGAUUUUGGAGCUCACUGCAGCCUGUUUGAGGCCAAGACGGGAGAGUCUUUGUCAUCGCUGGCUCGGGUUUUUAAAAUUUUGUCCGAGCAAAGGUUGUGCGAUCCACGUCUAAGGGAUCUGGCUUACAAGAGAGCCAUUUCCUGCGAAUGUCUAAACACAAGCUCUCUGGAAUAUGAUAACUUUAGAGAGGAAGCCAGAGCUGUGUGUGGGCCUCAGUUUGCAGAGCCCAUGUGCUUCCCCUCCGAUCUGAAAUCGGAGUCUUCCAUCGAUCCAUGCAGGACCAUGAGYGAAGGAAAGGCAACUUUAAAUAUCGCUGCGUCUCUGGAUGAGUCUGCAAAUGUUCACUGCWUGCCCAGCCCCCUGCAGGACAGUCCGUCUGAGCCUUCAUACCCUUCUCAUCUCGAGAUAAGUGCUCCUACAACAAUCUCUUUUCAAGGGGACAAAGCACCUGCUAAAUCUUCAGGAAACCCAAUACUAAACCCUUCCAUCCAUGAAAAUAAAACAGAAAAUGUCCCAGAACAAAUUCUCUGUGCAUCUCCUCAGCACACAUCGACUGGAACAUCUCGGUUUGGAGCAGAGAAAGACAUUAAGGUAGAAGAAGCGUCAAUGAGGAGUAACGAGAGCGCAACCCAACCACUAAAGCCCUACACUCAGACUAAAUCAAGCCUGCCGUCUGCGACACACAUUAUUCUUCCAAGCAGUCCUGGUCUAAAAAGCACACCCAUAAGCAAAGUAAACGAAGAAGAGGACGAGGAGGAGGACAUAUUUUAUGCAUUUGUUAUCUUGCAUGCUCCAGAAGAUUCCGAUGUGGCGGAGAGCAUGAAGGAAAAACUUGAGGUAGUCAUCGGUACAAMGGGGGCAACUUUCUCCGAGGACUUUGCCAUUCCAGGAAAGAGCGCGCUGAGGUGCGUGGAGGAYGCCGUCAACAACUCUGCCUUCACCUUCCUGCUGCUCACGCACAACUUCAACUCGCAAAUGGUGGAAAUGAAAACCAACAUCGCCCUCAUCAACUCUAUAAACAACGCACACAAGUUUAACACGGUCAUCCCCCUGCUGCCUCUGGAGAACUGCAUGCCGAAAGAGCAGAUGCCCAUCACCUUGAAGACGCUGGUGGCRCUGGACGAGAGGAGGAACUUUGAGAGAAAACUGAAAAAGGCUUGUAAUAGGGCAAGGAUCGAAAAACAGAGAAAGAUCUGGGUUCAUGAACAGAAAAUGAGGAGGSUGAGGUUGGAGGAAAAAGAGAUGCUGAGGCUUUGCAUGGAGCAACAGCUUGUUCUUGGAGCCACCGUACAACRGGAGCAGGACGGCGGGGACCCAAGGCCUCAGCGRCUGGCGCCCAACAUUCACAUCGAAAAUGCAAACUAUAUUGUGAUAGGGAAUGACUCGACAAUGACUGUGGCUGUAGAGGGAAGUGCAGACAAAGGUGGCCURAGUUGAAGAAAGAACGUGAAAGAAGGAAGGGAUAAGAAGAUAGAGAGAAAACACUCUGAACAAGUUGGAGCAGCUGMAGUGGUUUUUAUUGCAAAUUGUUUUAUUGUUCUCAUCACAGUCGGUAAAAGGGACAAAUCAGCAGUUCUACGUACUACAAAGGAGGAGGAUCCAAAGGAGAAGCAAACCUUUAAGUAUGGCUAAAGACUGCCACCUACUGACUGAAACUGAGUGUACAGUCUCAUGUCCACUCAGCUGUACGAACGCUGUUUGGACACUAGGGGGCUCUGCCGGUACACUUUUGUCAUCGCCUUUCGCAGGCUGAAGUAUCCUGGUAACGUCYAUUGAAGUUUACAUGAAAUGUUACAAAAAUAAAUGUUUGCAAAAUAAGUUUGGUUUGUUAUGUGGGAAGAGGUUUGACACAUAUGUAACUAAAAAAAGACAUGCGAUCUGUGGUUCAGUCAUCUUUUAAAGAUUUUCUUAUACUUUAAGUUUGUAUUAUGAGCAUUGCUAUAAGUAUAGCAAGUAAACUACAGACUAUGUACUAGAAAGUAUGCUUCUAUUUACAACACUGGAGAAUUUUUAUGUUUAUAAAAAUAUACUUUAAGCACUUUUGUACAAUUAUUUUAGAUUUACAAAAGUAUACAUCAGGUAUGCAACAAGUACACUCAUCUACUGUAUAUGCUAAUAGCGUGUAUUAGGUAUACGAUUUAUGUAUAUUGAAGUAUAUUUAAAGUAUUCCACAAGUACACUCUUAUYUAUACUAUCAUUGCAUUAGGUAUAUACUUAGUCCACAAUUUAUUUUAUUUUAAGAAUGACCAAAACUGAAAUAUAUUAUAUUACAGCUUAUAGUUCAAUUAAUACUACAGACUUACUUGGAAAUUUGCUUAGCAUAUUAAUUGUAGCAUUGUGUUUACAUGUUUCUUAAAAUAUUCUCAAAGUUARCUAAAAAUAUACGUGCUCUACACUGAAAUAUAUUUACGGAAUCACAACACAGAAUAUUGAGAACAACUUUGAUAUGUAUACGUAAAAUGUUUAAAUAUACUAUACAAUGUAUUUUUAAAUGCCUAUUGAAAUGUUUA